AUGGAACUUGCGGAAAUUCCUGAGUCGGAUUUGGUUUCUUCUUCUUGUGAGGGUUUGGAAUCAGAGCAGAUGAACAUAGGUUCGCAGAGAAUUUUGGUUUCGGAUCACAUAAACGCGUACCAAUACUCUUCUGAGAAAGUAGAUAGUUUUGUGGUUGAUAUGGAUUCUUUCUCUUCUAGCAUCAAUAAAGAUAUCGUCAAUGCCAAUUCAAGAACAACAUUGCAGAGGAGCCUUUCUAGGAAAGGAUCUCAACGUUGGGGUGAUAGGAAUGUGAAUGGUUGUAAUGGUGCAGUUCAAGACAAAGAUAUUGUCCCUACUACAUGCUCUCCGAAAGCUUUUUUAUUAGGACCCUCCAAGUCAACAGUUAUGGCGGUAGGGUCCAUCCAGAAUUCAACAAACACACAACAAGUAAUACAUCAUCAAAUUACUAUCACAACAGCUAGUAGUAACAUGUGUAACACCAACACAGAAAACAAAUGUAUGACGACGAGGAGAAACAGUUUCGGUAGAUCUUAUUCAUGGCUCCUUGAUCCUAAGAAAAUUCUUCUUAUCUUUGCCACAUUGUCAAGCGUGGGAACGUUAUUACUGAUAUACUUGACUCUUAGUAUCAGCAAGCAUAAUAACGGAGUUGAAUAUGGAAGUGAUUUGCAGUAG